AUGGACAUGAGUGAUGAAACUUGCCAUGCCAUGUCUGCAUUUUGGUCCAUGGAGAGAAUGAUGGUGCAUACAGUGUUUGAAAUUAUAGCUGGGGUGGAUAAUCUGUUCCGGGCAUAUAUUUGCUCCCCUGUUGUUGGAAUAGACCAUCAGCCAUAUGUUAAAAUUGGCCAAAGAUCAGUCUGUGGGCGCCCCAAAGUACAUUCCCCUCGAAUUGUGGGUGGGAAGAGAGCUGAAGAAGGGGAAUGGCCAUGGCAGGUCAGCAUACGAGAAAACAGACUUCACAUAUGUGGUGGAAGUCUCAUUUCCUCCCAGUGGGUGGUGACAGCUGCUCAUUGCUUUGAUGGGCCACUAGUUGCAUCCAAGUAUCAAGUACACCUGGGGGAGUACGAACUCCCCAAACCAGCAUCCACCAUGGUCUCAUCUGCUAUAAGCCUGAUUGUAGUACAUCCAUAUUAUGCUGGAGUUGGGCUGAGUGCUGAUAUUGCGUUGGUGAAACUAGAGGAGCCUGUCCGUUUCUCCCGAACCAUCUUGCCUAUCUGCUUAUCCACUGUUGAAGAUCCUGAACCUUUCCCCGUAGGGAUGAUGUGUUGGGUCACUGGCUGGGGGGACGUCUAUCCAGAUGCCUCUUUCAUCACUCGGAUUCUGCAAAAGUUGGAAAUGCCAAUCCUAGAUGUUGAUAAAUGUGAUGAAAUGUACCAUAAUGAUUCCAGCAGCUCUGAUGUAGAUACUGAAGUUUUGCCAAAAAACUACAGGCUAAUUUAUGAUGACAUGAUCUGUGCUGGAUAUCCGGAAGGAAAGAAAGAUUCUUGCCAGGGUGACUCUGGGGGCCCCCUUGCCUGCAAGUUGAAUAGUACUUGGUUUCUAGCCGGCAUUGUGAGCUUUGGGGUGGGUUGUUCUGAACCCAACCGACCUGGAGUCUAUACCAGAUGCAAAGAGAGUCAUGAAACAGAAGACUGUGACUACAUGUACAAAGGAGACUAA